AGUUGGAGAGGACUCAAUUCGGUGAACGGGCGCACGAUUGAUUACGUGAUCGUCAAAUUGACUUUUGAUAUAAAAGUGAUUGCUGGCAUCUCUAAUUAAAACAGUCGCACUUCAGUAUUUGAAUUAAUUAAUUGGCCGAAUCUAAACGAAAUUCAAGCGGAGUACAUUAAAAAAAAAUAAAACAUAAUUCAUAAUACAAAAAGCCUUUAAAGGACUUCGCUAAUAGAGCCUUAAGUAUCGAAUAUAUUUUUAUAAUAAUUUAUGUGCAACAUGUCGCACUCAACGCAUUCGCUGCUUCUUCAUUUGCUGCUCGCUAUCUCGUUGCUCAGCAGCGUUACGCAGGCGGGCCAGUUGCGCAACAAUCGCUUCUUAGCGCGUAUCGAGAAUGCAGAUAAUGCUGGUGGAGAAGUGGCAGUUGUGGAGGAAGUGUAUCCAACACCGUACCCGGCCGCAGGUUAUAGGCCAGGACGUGCUUUCAAUCUACCCGGUGAAGAUGAGGAGGCCGCUGCUGAUGACGCGCAAGAAGAGGGCUCCGGCCUAGCCACCAGCACCACUACCGAAUUUCCCGCAGAUGACUACACCACCACCACGGAGCCUAUUGAGGGUGAAAACACCACACCGUACAAUUUGGUACCUGCUGAGCUAUUAAACGACCGCGUCGCCAAGCGUGGACGUGCACUGAAAGCACCCUAUCCACCUUCCGGUUGGCGCCCUAGCCGCGCUUUUCUGCUGCCUAAUGAAGUAAAAACCGCACAAGAAGCUGAGGCAGAGGCGAUUACACAAAAUGAUAGGGAUAUAGUCGAUGCGUUCCCAACCAGCACUGCAACUCCACUUGCACCUUUUACAACAGUGCUGCCCGGCAUCGAGGCCGCUACUGAAGUGGAUCUAGAUGAUGUUGCUGCCACCACAGAUCUUCAGCUGGCGAAUGCCAAACCCUCAAAAGCACCCUAUCCACCCUCCGGUUGGCGCCCUAGCCGCGCUUUUCUGCUGCCCACAGAAAUCCAAGUCUCCGCCAAUCAAGAUUCAACCAUUUCAGUGAAUGAACCUGAGUCGCCAGUGUCGCCAGCGGACAAAGCUGGUCAUCCAGCAUGCGGUGUAAGUGAUAAUCCAGUGGCGCCGAAGCCCGAAGAGGGUGCCGAAGAGAAUCCGGAUGCGGAGCGUGUUUAUGUUUCGGCGAACUUGGGGCCGGCCGUAGCAGAUACGCCGCUCACAGUGCCUGUGGUGUUACGCUCCCAACGCCUUAUGUCACCGCCCAUUUACGUGCCGGCCGAUCGUCCCUUCGCCUACUCCGCCGUUGUGCAGAGCUGGCGCUAAGGUGCGCACAUUAAAUUAGUGUUUAUGGAAUUUGGGUCUUUAAUGAAACUAUAACUAAUAUAUUUGUAAGGCUGAUCUGCUCUCUUGUAUGUAUGUGUACGCUGUAAACUUUCUAGAAAAUCAAAAAUGCAAAAAAACUAAUAAA